AUGGCCCAGCAAACACCAUCUCCGGACGCCGCGUCCCUUUUGGGCCUCAAUGGGCUCUUUGAAAAUCCGCUGUUCGCCGGCGGCGUCGGCCUCGCGGCCCUCGGCAGCGCGGCAGCUCUGGCCCGUCGUGGGCUCAUCACCGGUGCCGGUAUGUUGCGCCGCAGACUCCUCGUGAACGUCGAGAUCGGCCGCCAGGACCCGUCCUAUCCAUGGAUACUUGCCUGGCUGUCGCAGCCACGCGAGAAUCUAGGUUUCCUCGCCAGCAAGCUGACGCGCAUUCACAAUCUGUCCGUCACGACAGCUACGAAGAACAUGGCCGCUGGUGAAGCUACCUCAGGCUCCGGCCCGGUACAGGCGCAUUUCCUGCUGCAGCCAGGUUAUGGCCGCCACCUGAUCCGGCACGCUCCCGGUGUGUACAUUGCCGUCAACCGCGAGAAGCUAAAUACGGCGAACCUCAACACUGGCGAGCCACACGAGGUGGUGACCCUCACGACACUCUGGGCGCAUCGACACGUUUUUGAGGAUGUUUUCGGACAGGCACAUACACUGGCGGCUCGUGCGCGAGAGGGCAAAACUACCGUGUAUGCUACGCAGAACUUUGGUUGGGCACCACUAGGCGAGCCGCGGCGCAAGCGACCUCUGGGAAGCGUCAUAUUGGACGAAGGAGUCAAGGAAGAUAUUGUUGCCGAUGUGAAGGACUUUUUACAGCGGCAGCAGUGGUAUGUUGACCGCGGCAUACCGUACAGGCGUGGCUAUCUACUGUACGGCCCGCCUGGCAGUGGAAAGACGAGCUUCAUCGAGGCAUUGGCGGGUGAACUAGAUUACAGCGUCGCCAUGAUCAAUUUGAGCGAGCGGGGAAUGACGGAUGACAAGCUGGCGAUGCUUCUGACGAAGCUGCCCCAACGAAGUAUACUGUUGUUAGAAGAUGCGGAUGCCGCGUUUGUGAACAGGCAACAACGAAGUUCAGAUGGGUACAGCGGGGCGACGGUGACGUUCUCCGGCUUGUUGAACGCGAUGGAUGGCCUUGCUGCUGGAGAGGAGCGGAUCGCAUUCCUCACAACCAACCAUAUCGAUAGGCUGGAUGCUGCGUUAAUUCGACCCGGCAGAGUGGAUUUGCUGGUGCGGAUCGGAGAAGCGACAAGAUACCAAGCCGGGCAGAUGUGGGAUCGUUUCUACGGCGAUGUCGACCAUGACGGGCAAGGACGUGAGCGCUUCUUGAAGAGACUCGACGAGCUUGGCCUAUUCGGGGAAGAGCAUGGAGUGGAUGUGCCUAAGAGACACACCAGCACUGCUGCUAUACAGGGAUUGUUCUUGUUCAACAAGAAUGAUAUGGAGGGGGCUAUCAACAUGGCUGAGGGCCUGAUCCCUCGUGUGUUUGAACCCGAGUCGCCUACGCCUGAUGGGGCGAUCAAGUCGCCGGCCUAG